CACGCUGUCUCGUGUGGCUAAUACAAGAUUGGGAAUAAGCACCUAGGAUGUCCCUUCGAUAACUUGUAGACACAAGAAACACAAGCUUUUAUCCUUCUUUUGGACACUCUUUCAUCCAAGUCACAUUGGGAACGACACGUGUAGGCGUGAAACCACGUUUUCUGGAGUCUGCUGAAUCCCGAUGCGCAGAUGAUGACAACCCCCCACACUGCCAUUUAAGUUUUACUGCUCUUUUACACCGGCUUACUUCUACAUUUACAGCACAUUUGGGGUGACUACGAUGACGGACGUAGAUAUUGCAGCAAGGUCCUUGGGGACGGUUUCAAACGUCGAGCGCUCCGACAAACUAACCGGCGAGGAGGGGUCUGAAGAAAGUCAAGAAAGCCGGACUCUGUUGAUGGUCGCAAUGAUUCUGCUGGACUUAAACCAGUGCAUACCGAGCGGCAUCAGCGCCAAGCGAAUAGUGGACAGUGAUGCGGAGAAUCGGGAGAACCGGGAGAAGUGCAAACAGACUGCGGGCAGGGUUAAAAGGACACGGAAGCGCGACCGACUGCACGCAUCCGCGGAGAAAAGACACUGCUGCCCGUAUGCAGGCUGUGGUAAAAUAUACGGCAAGUCUUCCCAUCUGAAGGCGCACUUCAGGGUUCACACCGGUGAGAGGCCCUUUCAGUGUACCUGGCCUGGCUGUGCAAAAAAAUUCUCUCGCUCGGAUGAACUGACAAGACACUUUCGCACACACACGGGGGAAAAGCGUUUCAUGUGCCCACUUUGUGACAAAUGCUUCAUGAGAAGCGACCACCUCACCAAACACGCCCGCAGACACGCUGGCUUCCACCCCAGUAUGCUCCAGGGUCACGCCGGGCGAAGACGACACUCUUCAACAUCCACAUCCUCCUCUGGCUCCAGCGAUCAUAUGUCUGCUGGUGUUUAAGCAUUUUGACUGUCCCUCCUACCUGACACAACACGUUCAGGAGUCUCUGCUAGUGAGUUGGUGAUGUAAGAUAUCAGGCGUGUUGCGUGAUAGAGACAAACAAAAUAUUCUGAAAACAAACAAUGAAUAUCACACGUGCAGAAAUCAUCAAGCAGGAACAAUGAAUAAUGAACUUUUAAUCCGAGGGUUAUUUAAAAGUGUCUUUUUUGGCAUUUGUUGGUUCCACAAAGAACCGCCAACAUCCAUAAAAUCUUGCACAAGAAGUCAUAGUUAAAAAACAAAACAACAUGAGAUCUUUAGAUUAUUGAAAUGUUUUUCAUACAAAAAUAUUUUCUAAAAAAGAUCACUAAAAUGUUUUUGGGAACCAAACAUUGUUGUUCUAUUAUAUUGCCACAAACAAACAAGGAAAUGAAAAACCUCCCCCAGCAU